AAAUACCGCCGUUCACGUGUUCAAAGUGAAUUAUUUUACGCGAUAUUGUUGUUACUGUAGGUAACUAGUUCUGUUGGCGGAGGCACAUUGCGCGGUUGAGAUUCGUUGUUUCCAAAUGUGGCAAGUUCAGUUGAGGUUUGAUUGAUGGACUGUAGGCGGAAACUCUACGCUGUAAACUUUGUACGAUGGUCGUAAAGGGCUAGCUUUGGGAGUUUAUUUUUGUAUUUCACGAGCCGCUUAAAUCGUGACUUUCACACGGGAAUACAUCCGUCCUUAAACUCCAGAUCCCGCGCGUUUAGUCCGAGUUGUCUGUUGAGUUGAGCUAAUGUUUCUUAGCCUAGCAUAUGUGAGGUAACAUAAGUUCGGUAUCAAGUGAAGCGAUCCGCUGGGUUUGAUCUGCUCGGAUCUCUACACCUACCGCAGGCUGCCGUAGUGCUGGGAGCAGGUCCGCGAUGCUAGGGGGAAACGGGACGGCCAGAGGGGCUGGACGCUCCGGUAACGGCGCGGGGUUGACCCCUCUACAGGUGGGCAGCACAUCUGGGGCUUUGGGGGCAGUAAACUCUGCCAUAAACCUGCCCGAUGGAGGCAGAUACGACGACGGGCCGUCGGUGGAGGCUGUGCUGAGCGGCUCCGACGGAGACUCGGACUCCGGGGAUGAUGAAGAGAGUCCCGCGGUGGACAGGAGAGGGGUGAAGCGGGAGAGGAGUGAGAUGGAGGUCGGUGGAUCCUCGGGAACCGGCGCGGGACUGUCAGCUGGAUAUGGGGGAGUUUCCUCCGGGGUGGCUGGGGCGAAACCCGGCAAGAAAACACGAGGACGGGUGAAAAUUAAGAUGGAGUUUAUUGACAACAAGCUGAGGAGAUACACGACCUUCAGCAAGAGAAAGACUGGCAUUAUGAAGAAGGCUUAUGAACUAUCCACCUUAACGGGGACGCAAGUUUUGCUCCUGGUUGCCAGCGAGACGGGCCACGUCUACACGUUCGCCACGCGGAAACUUCAGCCCAUGAUCACCAGUGAAACGGGUAAAGCCCUGAUCCAGACCUGCCUAAAUUCCCCUGAUUCUCCACCCCGUACGGACCCUUCAACGGACCAGCGGAUGAGUGCCACCGGAUUCGAGGAAACGGACCUCACCUACCAGGUCUCAGAGGCUGAUGGUCUCACAGAGCCAAAGGAAAUGAUCAAGCCGAUGUUCACUGCUGCCACUUUACCCGGUGGCACCAACAGCACCACCACACAGUCGUCGGCCUCUUCCUCUCCCUCCUCCUCCUCCGUCUCCAUGCACACUCAGAGCAGCGCCCUGUCGCUCUCCAGCACCACCUGUUGGCCGUUGGCUGCAGGGAUGAAUGCUCAGAGCGUCUCUAGUGUGAACGGCACGGUGCUCAAAAGCUCUCCGGCGGGAGUCAUGCAGCUGCCCAGCGGAUUCACGCUCAUGCCAGGCACUACUCUUCCUCCUGGCGCACACACUAUUCCUCUCAGUCAGCUGCAGACACACUCUCUGGCCAUACAGUGUCCACAGACGCAAAACAGCCACGCCGCCGCCGCUGUCCCCGCACACACACAAGCUGCCACACAGGCCACGCUCUUCCGCCUGCCGGCCACUGUCUCACUCACAGGUGGUACGAUGCCUCAACAGUUACAGGCCAUCCAGGUUCACCCUCAAAGCAGUGACAGCAGUCCAGAGAUCAGCCGGACCUCCACCAGCUCCACUGCAAGCCACACCGCUACGAUAGUCACUUCCUCAGUACCUUCUUCAGUGGCAGGUCACAUGAUGUACCCUGGAGCGCACGUCAUGUAUGCUACAUCCACCCCUACCCUUGCCGACGGGAGUCUGACUGUGCUCAACACCUUCCCACAACCACCCACUGCAAUGCACGUGUCCCACACGCCAGCCCAAGACUCAGGUGCAGUUCCUCAGAUGUUUCUCACGGGACCUCCUGGAACUGUACAGAUCCCAGUUUCAGCCGUCCCACUACAUUCGAUGUUAAUAAACCAGCAGGCCACCGGUAGCAGCAGCAGCACCCUCACGGAGCUGCGGGUGGUCAAUCUGGACAAUCCCAAAGCAGACUGACUCAUGAAGCACAAGGCCGGUGUGACCGCUCACUCACACUGAUUCUCCAAGGAUCACUCAUGCCAUGCAAUCAGACUGCCAUUAUAUUUAUUACUGCCUUCUCACUGCGUGGGGUUCAGAAACCCGUAAUGAGGUGUAAUGGGUCGUUUGAAGGAUGAUGGCAUCUCCUCACGGACUCGUUUUGGUGGGUAGUGUGAUAAUAGAUGAUGUUUGUUCACACGCAUCUAUACUUCAGGAUUUCAUAGAGACGUCUGCACCAUCACUGCUGGGUCUUCACCUGCUUUUGCAGAAAGAUGGACAGUUAUGUUCGCUUUCAGUAAAUUCAAAACCUCUUCGCUGUACAACAGUUGAAGUAUCUUCAGUUCAAUCUUUCUGUCUUUUGGGGAAUGCCUCUCUUGAUCUGAUUUGUAAUUCACCUCCAUACAUUUUAAGAUCUGUGAAUCUUUUGAGAUCAAAAAUCGAUACUUUCAAGCAUUUAUGCUGUGAAAUUAGCAUAGUUUUGGUAUAGUUUUAAUGGCGGGUUGUGUGUUAUUUAUCAUUUUAAGGAAUGUUUAACCCAGAAAGGACAAUUCUGUCAUCUUUUUCCAUC